AUUACAUCAUUGUUUCAUCAAUAAUAAUAAUCAUCUUUUUAUACUAAAAAUAAUCACAAAUAUAUUCAUCACUGAAACAAAAAAAAAUGAUGCAUCCAAAUCUAAAUUAUUUACCUACGCCUCAAUUAUUUUGGGCAAUCAUAAUUGUAACAACAAUAUUGUCGUUACAUACAAACAAUAUAUUACUAGUCGAUGCAACCAUGGGCAUGCUGCCAUUUAAUAUAAAAAUUUCAUCAUCCGGUAGCGGUGGUGGUGGUGGAAGUAAAUGCUGUUAUGGUGGCGAAAGUGAUUAUAUGAUGAGCGGUAGUGGUGGUCAUGUAAUUGAAGCAUUCGAUGAUGGUACACCAUUAAGUUUUUAUCGUCAACAAGUUAGAAAACUUUAUGGUGGUGGUGGUGGAGGAGGAUACAGUAAAGGUAGUAUUGGUGCAUAUAUGAAAGGAGGUAAAGGUGGUGGUGGCUAUUCGAUGCCAAAAAAUAAAAUGCCCUCAUAUCAACAAUUAUUUAAAAACAGUCUUAAAUAUCCAAAUAUUAUGAUGGGCGGUGGAUUCAUGAAAGGUGAUUCAUUUGGUCCAAUGGGUGAACAUACGAGUACCAAAUGGAGAGGGUAUGGUCGUAGCCUAUUGAAACAGAUAAAAGAAUCGGGUGGUUAUAAUGAUGGUAAUGACAAAUUGACAAAUGUUCAUGUUAUACCAAGUGGUGCAAAUGAUGAAUAUAAUGAUUCAUAUUUGACAAUGAUUGCCGAUUCAAUUAAACAUGAAGCAUUGCAAAAUUAUUAAAAAAAUGUUUUUGUUUUUGUUAUAUGAACACUAUACUGUACUUUGGAUAUUUUUUUUUGGACUGGAUUCCAAUCGAUUCAGAUUUUGCCAACAAUUUUUAUUAUUAUUAUUCUUUUUGUUCAUUUUUUUUAAUUUACACUUUUCUCACUUGUUCAUUAUAAUGUUUUCAUCAUUAUCAUUCUGAAACACUUCCACACACACACAC